CAUUAAAGAAUAUUCACAUUCUCCAAACUUAGGUAGAAGUAGAAGAAGCUUAAACAUGGCCGCCAUGUCCGCCGCUACCCUGAAAACACCCACCUAUCACCACCACCACCACCUGAAUUCCGUUACACAUAUCGCCACCUUCCCCCACACCGUUUCCCCUCUCUCCACCACCAAAUCCAUUUCCAUCACCUGCAACUCGGCAGCCAAUGCCGCCGCCGCGCCGGUCCAAACUCCGCCGCCGACCGCCGUCACCUCAGAUCGCGUCUUCAACUUCGCGGCGGGUCCCGCCACUCUUCCCGUGAACGUCCUCGAGAAGGCCCAGGCGGAGCUCGUGGACUGGCGCGGCUGCGGCAUGUCAGUCAUGGAGAUGAGCCACCGCGGGAAGGAGUUCCUUUCCAUCAUCCAGAAAGCCGAGGCGGAUCUGCGGGCUCUCCUCGGCGUCCCCGAGGAUUACGCCGUCCUCUUCCUCCAGGGCGGCGCCACCACCCAAUUCGCCGCCGUGCCGCUCAACAUCUGCGCCCCUGACGACGCCGUCGAUUACAUCGUCACCGGCUCGUGGGGAGACAAGGCCUACAAGGAAGCAGUGAAGUACUGCAAGCCCAACGUGAUCUGGAGCGGAAAAUCGGAGAAAUACACCAAGAUCCCCACCUUCGACUCGCUGGAACAAACCCCGCACGCCAAGUGUUUGCAUAUAUGCGCCAAUGAGACUAUUCACGGUGUUGAAUUCAAAAAUUACCCAACCCCCAAAAAUCCAAACGCCGUUUUAAUUGCCGACAUGUCAUCCAAUUUUUGCUCCAAGCCCGUGGACAUUUCCAAAUUCGGGAUCAUCUACGCCGGAGCCCAGAAAAACGUUGGCCCUUCAGGCGUCACCAUUGUAAUAAUCCGUAAAGAUUUGAUCGGAAAUGCACAGCCAGUUACUCCUGUAAUGCUGGACUACAAGAUCCACGCGGAUAACAAUUCGCUGUAUAACACUCCCCCUUGUUAUGGGAUUUACAUGUGCGGCCUAGUUUUUGAAGAUCUGUUGGCUCAGGGUGGAUUGGGGGAGGUGGAGAAGAAGAACAAGAAGAAAGCUGAGAUUUUGUACCAGACUAUAGAUUCUAGCAAUGGGUUCUACAGGUGCCCAGUUGAGAAGUCUGUAAGGUCAUUGAUGAAUGUGCCCUUUACACUGGCAAAAUCUGAGUUGGAAGCUGAGUUUAUAAAGGAGGCUGCUGCAGAGAAGAUGGUGCAGCUCAAAGGGCAUAGGUCAGUAGGAGGGAUGAGAGCUUCAAUCUACAAUGCUAUGCCCUUGGCUGGAGUGGAAAAGCUGGUUGCUUUCAUGCAGGAUUUCCAGGCAAGGCAUGGUUGAGGUCUUGUUUAAUACUGCCAUGAACUAUUUGGUUUAAGCUUUAAAGUUACUUUUUCUUUACAUUGCCUAUCAUAAAUCUGCUUUAUGCUUUACCUCUAUGAUUCUACUUGUCUAUAUGGGUAGAGUUUGACAGCUUUGGGAAGAUGGUUGAUGACUUGAUGCUAAGCAAUGCAAUUUGCUUAGCUUAUCUGUUCUUGUUUUCUAUGUAAGAGUUUUGAAAUGUGAGCAGCCUUAUAAAAGAAAAGGCAUUCCCCUUUUUUGUUCA